AUGGAACAACAAAAAAAUAAAGAAACAAAUCAUUUACUAUGUCGAAAUAAUUUAAAUGAACGUAUUACCUUAUUGUCACAGAUUGCUAGUGAUAUUCAUAAUAGUAGAUGUGAAAACGAGACUCUUCAGCAAUGUAAACCGGCUAUGAUAAGAUUAUCCAGUCCACUCUCGUCUGCACCUCCAUUAGUACGUAAACGUCGGCUUUCCUCAGAUACACCGGACAUCCCAACGAUGUUAAUACCCAUACAGGAUCAUCGUAGAAUUGUUGUUGAUGAUGAUGAUUUAUUUUUAACAAGACAACUAUUAACACACGAAAAAUCAAAAAAAAAACAAAGAUAUAAUCAAACAACAAUAGAUAAUCAUAACCAUGAACAACUAACAUUGUACGAAGAUUAUUUUAAUCAACGACAACAGCAAUUAACCAAUCAUCUGUUAAAUAAACGUACGCGUUAUGAAAAAAUUAACGAACUUGAGAAUCAACCACCAGUGACAAAACGUAAUCAAAAACAACAAGAACAACAACAAAUGAAUGUGAAUGACUUGAAUAAUUAUAUACACGAUGAGAUACUUGCCAGACAAAAUCGUGGACGAUAUCCAAUAAUAAAUGAUAUGCUUCCAUCAUAUUUUUCAAAUCAACUUCCUCUAUCAAAUUAUAAUUCAACAUUGUUCUCUGUUGAUCAGACAACUGAUGUUCCAAAACAUUCAAAUUCAUAUUAUCGUACAAGCAGUGCACCAAAUCAUCAUCCUUGUUUAGAUCAUUCACAACAACAAAUACAAGCACAAGUAUUUCCUUAUCGACGUGAGAUUCCAGUUGAUGUUGUACGAUCAUUAUCACCAACGUUGACCACGUAUGAUGAUGAACAAACAAUAUUAAGAAAUGUUCCACUGAGUACAAAAAAAAACAUUAAAGCAACUAGUCAAACGAACAGUAUGGUUAUAAGACGAAAUGAAAACAGUAUUAAUACAACACCAAUCACAUCAACAGCAAACAACAAAAACAAUUGUAAUCGUAAUGGGAAUAUAUCGCCAACAUAUUCAGAAACAUCGAGUGAAACAUCAUCAUGUUCAUCAGAUGAAAAUUAUCUCUUUCAACAGCGAUGUCGUUCAAAUUCCAUAGGACGUAAUUCACAUUGGCGUAGUUAUCGCGAACGUGAAAAUUAUGAAGCAUUACUUGAUCUGGCUGAAAAAUUAUCCGAUCCAAAUCGUUUCAAUCAGUUCGAUGUACGUCAGUUUUUAUCCUACCGUUAUAAAGCACCGAAUACUAGUACAAGUGGUGAUGAAGUUUCAACAAUUCGUCGUAGUGGUCGUAUCAGCCCUCAAAAUCGUCAUACGAUAAUACCAUCAACAACUCCAACAUCAUCGACUCAAACAGGUUGUGUUAUCUGUAUGUGUCCGUUUAAAAAUCGUCAAUGUAUUCGACAGUUACCAUGUGGUCAUGAAUAUCAUUCUAAAUGCAUUCAAAAAUGGCUGGAUAUGAAUAGUACUUGUCCACUGUGUCGACAAGACUGGCGUGGUUCAAUUUAUCACACAAUGUAA